AUGAGCUCGACCUCGACCACAACAUCUCUCACAUUCAAACCUUGGGCCACCGGAAAUGGAGAAGAAUCAGGCAUCGGAGCGACUCUCGCGCGGAUCAACGCCGAACGAGGGCACUUUCGCAACAUCACUGAAGCCUCAUUACAGGAAGAGAUUGCAGCAGAAGGAGCGUUAGAGCUGAGCUCUAGCGAUGACGAGGAUGACGAGGACGAUGAAGGCGACUCAACAGUCACAAAACGCCAACCAGCAAAGGACCGCGAAGCUCUUUACGCAGCCAAGCACGAGAUGAGGGUAUACGUCGGUGAGGCGAUUCGGAAUACCAAAAAUUCUCUACAUUUCGUCGCAAUGCUACUAUCCAAGUUCCAACCCAGAGUGGCUGGAUCGAGCUUAAUCGAUAUCAAGGACAAGGUACCCUUUGGAUCUGUGUCUGCCGAUAUCUGGGAUCCUGAGCGCGCCAUGCCCAAAGAUGCGGCUCGUGAGAAGCAGGAUGAUCUAGUGGCUACCAACAUGCGGAUGCGUGAAUUGCAGGAGAGUGCGGAUGGACUACUAGCUGCUGCCACGCGGCUGAAAGAGAACGUGCGCCAGGAGACGCUUUUCUGGGAUGAGGUCUUGUCCGUCUCGGAGCGAGGGUGGAGGAUAAGCAAGAUACCAGGAACUCAUCUCUUGGGUGUUCAUUACGGAUUCCAAGGCAGCGAUGCAGCGUUUGCCAGAAGUCAAGUUGCUGCCAUCACUAGCGAUUCGGAGGGCACCGUCAUGCUAGAGAGAGGCAUUGGAACGCAACCCAAAGCUGUUCGUGCGGUUCUCAAGAGACAUGGCCAAGUGGUUGGAAGUUCCUCAUUGCCUCGUGUGCCAGAUGAGAGCGAGACUACUCUUGAGGCUCGAAUACGUCAUGCUAGAGACAGCGUGUUUGAUGAGGAGCUCUUCCAUGAGAUGCUUCGUGAGUCUCGAUCACUCAUAUCCAUGGGCGUCACAACGAAAGAAGCCGCAGUACACUUCACGACCGAGCUCCUACAGGACCUUGAAGUAGAGCUGCAGCUGGUGUCACUGGAUGAGGACAAUUCGUUGGGCCUGGAGGCAUCACACGAUCUCGAUACACUGGCUCAUGCGAUCAUUCUGACUGCCAGAUCAUUACUUGGUCAAGAGCAUCGCAACAAGCUAAAUAGGAAGAAAGAUAUCCCUCCGCCCCUUUCCAAGGAAGGAGACGACACUCGUCAGCAAACAGCCAUACUACGACCCUUGACGCUCGUCCUGAACCACUAUGCACAGUCAACGGGUCGAUCGACGUACAAGACCUAG